GCAGUGGCCGCUCCCGCUUGGUUACUUCUCGUCGUGUUCCUGAGAAGCAAUCAUCUGCGCUCUGCAGCAUAAAUCGGCGCAGUCACCUUCACCUGCUGCGUCCAUCAGCGCCCUCGCCGUCCUAGGCUUCUCCACCGCAGUGGUUGGAUAAUUCAUGGAAUAAAAAAUGUGGCUCGUGAAAACCCUAACUGAUAUGUGGGCUUGAAUAUGAACCAUGGAGAAAGAGCUGCAGGUGAUGACUUCGGGCGAGCAGUGUCAAAGGUGGCGGUUGCACAGAUAUGCGAAAGCACAGGGUUUCACAGCAUCAAAGAGUCCGCCCUGGAGGCUUUUGCUGACAUUGCAAUCCGAUACCUCUUUGACUUGGGAAAGAUGGCAGAGUUCUAUGCUAACUUAGCUGGUAGAUCAGAAUGUAAUGUGUUUGAUUUCAUUCGAGCGCUAGAAGAUUUAGAAGCAACUCAAGGGUUUCUCGGUGCAUCUGAGCCUACACAAUGUCUUGCCGGCUCUGGCAUAGUGAGGGACAUGAUUCGCCUCAUCAGUUCAGGGGAGGGGAUUCCAUUAGCUCAGCCAAUACCUCGAUUUCCAGUGAUUAAGGACCGAAGUGUCAUCCCAAGCUUCAUACAAAUGGGUGAAUCACCACCUUCCAAGCAUAUACCUGCUUGGUUGCCGGCUUUCCCCGAUAUUCACACCUACAUUCAUACACCCAUGUGGAAUGAGAGGUCCACAGAUCCUCGAGAAGAUAAGAUUGAACAAGCAAGGCAGCGGAGGAAGGCUGAAAGGUCUUUGUUGAGUUUGCAGCAGCGGCUGCUAUGCCAGGGUUCAGCAGCAUCACCGGCCUCGAAUAUAAGAGGUGGUGCUGUACAAGAUUCAGAGGGAGUUGUAAAGAAUCCGUUUCUUCAGCCUCCUAUGCCUUCAGGGGAUGUAGAUGUUUCUUCCAUUGUCUUACCCUCAAAGCUCUCAGAUGAAAUUGCUGGUGCAAAUCAUGUUUCUGUGCUAGAGGCAUUUGCUCCUGCAAUUGAGGUUGUGAAGAGUGGUAUGACCGAUGGGCAGGAAGACAAAACCAUUCUUCCUGGGGUAAGGCCUACUGUUCAUUUCAAGUUCAGGAUUGGGAAGAAGCUUAUUGGCGAAUCUUUGGGUACAAGACAGCAGAAGAGUGCUGAGCAAGAGCAAAUGGCAUCUUUAACUGGCCGAGAAGAAGAGAGAGAUGAAAAAAAGAGGAGAGCUGAGUAUAUUCUCAAGCAGUCCGUGGAAAAUCCUCAGGAACUUACUCUCCUGUAGAUUAGUUUACAGACUGACUGGCUUGAUCAGAGUCCAGGGACUGAAUGAAUUAGCUGGCUUAACCUGCGGCUACAUCGUUUAUGCUCAUAAAUUAAGGUCUUCUAUCUUCUGGUGAUGAUUUUAUAACGUUGUGACAGUGACUUAACCGUAGAACAUUCUAAAGAAGCUUUUAGAUCAGUUAAUUUGUUUCUUGCAGUUUAGCAAUGAUUUGGUUGUAGAUGUUGUAUUUGUAUAUGAAGGCCUCCUGUUCACAUCUUGUAUUUAAACGGUUAAUUGAAUUACUGAAUUCAUUUACU